GAUCAAUCUAGCCUGCAAAAGAAACCGCAAAAGAGGCUACUCUAAACGAUCCCCGUUGCUUCUCCGGGAAUUUCGACAUUUGUAAACACUAACUAAUGGCGAUCUGUUAGCGAUUGCUAUUGUCGUUGUCGAGUUUCCUAGGCAGCUGCCCAACCCAGUGUGAUUUGAACUGUAGAUCACUGAUAACACUGGGCCGGAUUCAUAGCACUUCUUAUCGCAGUAAUGUUGCUACGCGUCGUUUUCAAUUCCUCUCGGCCAACGGUGCAUUGCGUAUUAUAAACAGUUUUGACAUGCCAAUCAAAUUCGUUUUCAAGAUCACUAGCACCGCUGACUAAGCGAGACUGACUAGCUUGCAUUGGGUCAUAUUUAGUAGCAGGCGCUUAUGUGGUGGUUGUGUUGUGUUUUCACACAUUCAGUUUGCUGAUCUGCUGCAAAGAGCCGAGAACUUUACCGAGAAGCUGGCCGAUUAAUUGCAGUUAUCCGGUGAUCAACGUUGUUUGUGCAAAAUGGAACGUUACUUGCGGUUUUAUAUCAAGUUUCAUGGUUACGUGUUGGCGAUUGGGACAAUUCUGGGAUCGAUUCUGAUGACAGUCCUUCUCUACGCUAGCACCGAUUUCGUUUACCCAUUGGAGAAUUUUUAUGAUUAUCGGUUCAUGGGAAGCGCGGCACUCGUUUUCGGGGCACUUUGGUUAGGGAUUGGUAUUGCGCUGUUCUAUGGAAUAUUCAAGGAAGUAAAAGUAUGCCUGUACCCAUUCGCUGCCAUGUACAUGCUGGAUCUGUUCUUCUUGUUUAUUCGUGAUAUUGUUUUGAUUUGGCACAACGAAAGGUGGUACAAAAUAGCACUCCUGAACCCGGUUACAGCGGUUGUCGUCUUAUACCUUACCCUGCACAUCAUGCUAAGCAUGGUUGCCCUUGGCAAGCUUUUCGAGCACGAUCCUCUCACACCGUCUGGAUCGAACUUUGUCCGUUUCAAAACCGACGACCAGCUACCGGUUCAGUUGCGGGAGGAGGACGACGCUUCGCUCGUGGUCGAGUGACAUGGGAAAAAAUGACACAUACUGUGUUAGUGGAAAUCCGAAUCCGAAAAGUGAACUGCAAAAACGUUGAUUGAUUUAUGUGAUAACUGAAUUUCAGAAAUAAUAUGUAUGUGUUUGCCCAAAGAAUGACAUACAGCCACUAUCAGUUUGUGAAUAGAAAGUUUUCGUUUCAGCAAAACGAGUUUUAAACAUUUCAA